AUGUUUAUUUUCAUCUUUUUGUGCUGGAGUCUGUCUGGAGUGUCUGGUGUUGAUGAAGUGAAGUCAGUGUCAGUGACUGAGGGAGAAUCUGUCACUCUAAACACUGAUACUGAAAUACAGACAGAUGAACUGAUAGCCUGGAGAACUGGACACAACAAUCUCAUAGCUAAAAUCAAAGGAAAUAACUUCGAGAGAUUAAGAGACAGACUGACACUGGAUGAGAAGACUGGAUCUCUGACCAUCACAAACACCAGAACCACAGACUCUGGACUUUAUAAAGUCACCGGCAGCAGAUCAAAGACACCGCUCAACAUAUUCAAUCUUACCGUCUAUGCUCGCCUGCCUGUUCCUGUCAUCAGCCAUUCUUCAAAACAAUCAUCAUCUUCAUCAAAUUGUUCGUUGGUGUGUUCAGUGUUGAAUGAGAGUGAUGCGACUCUCUCCUGGUACGCAGGAAUGAGUGUAUUGUCCAGCAUCAGUUUGUCUGAUCUCAGAGUCAAUCUCUCUCUCUCUCUGGAGAUUGAGUGUCUGGAUGAUGCGUACAGCUGUGUGAUCAACAAUACCAUCAGCACCCAGACCACACAUCUCAACACUGAACUCUGUGGGCCAUGUUCAGGUACAUGA